CGGAUGCACUGGACUUUCUUCCGCAUUUGGCUUGACGUGAUCACGUGAGGGCACUGCAAGGCGAGCAGAAUCGCACCAGGGAGCGGAAGAAAGAGGACAAUUUAAAAAACCGAAAGAAAAUGGGGAUUAAAAUCUACUACACCACCGUGACUGCAUCUCGGACGAUAAAGUCCCAACAGGCGGAAGUCAUGCGCAUCCUGGACAGCAAAAGCAUCACGUACGAGCUGGUGGACAUCUCGGUGGGAGGUGAGAUGCGCGACGAGAUGCGCAAAAAAGCGGGCAACCCGACAGCCGUCCCGCCGCAGCUCUUUAAUGAGGACCAAUACUGCGGGGAUUACGAAAUGUUCUCCGAGGCGGUGGAGGCGGACACGGUGGACCAGUUCCUGAAACUUGCGUGAAUCAUACGCCUCCACCACACUGAAGCCCCCCUCUGACACCGACUCUCAUCAAAUGCCAUAUUGAAGAAUGCCAAAUAUCCUCAUUAUUUGUUUUUGUUUCAGCAUAGGUGUCAACCAAACAUGUCUUAAAAUGAACCCACAAAUUACCAUCAUCAUUCAGAUGUGGUCUUGGUCUUGAAGCCUUCAUAUCUGUACAUUCCCACCUUGCACUUAAUACAAAUAUGUUAAUGAUCCAUGAGAGAAAAAAUGUGAAUAGGAUAAUUGGCAACCAUUUUAGGUUCCAUUACCACUUUGACUGAAUUUGAGGAUGCGUCCCCAAUAUUUCAAGCAUCCUUGCUGUUCGUUUGUCUGUUAGACAGGCCAAAAAUGUGAAGAAAAAAAAACGUUGUUACAGUUCUGAAUGUCACAAGAAGUGUGUUAAAUCCCAUCUUAUUUCCACUUUGUUGUAUCGUCGAUCGAAAAGGACCAAAAAGAGACCACUUGUAGUGUUUGACUAUGUAGCUGGUCCUCAAUGACCAUUGUAGGAUCUCAUGCACUGAAACGGUAACACAGUAUACUAGGCUGGUGUGUUUCAAUGGACCUGUCAUCGCAUGGGGAAAUACGAGGGCCUCAUUCUUUUUUGCUCGCUUGUGCGUAUUGACUUUCUGAUGAUAGGUAGAUAUACAUUUCAACAUGAUUCUAAGUCGCACGAUUUGGGAUAUGGCGCAAGGACGAGUCAAUUGUUCACAAUGUUUGUGCACUUGUUUUGUAUCUACGUACGGUUGUUUGCGGACGUGCGUGCUAUGUUCCGAUCACAUUCCAUGUCUGAGUUCUUUGCUUUGUGUUUGGACCAAUUCCCCUUGGCCAAAAUGAGAACAAGUAGAAGAAAAUAGGGAAUACAAUGCUGUUAUCUUCCAAGAAGAUUGUGAUGUAUGGGCUGCAAAAAUAAAAAUGAAGUUGAAUCAA